AUGUCCGAUAUAGAUCUAUUAAACACAACAUCACAAUCACUAUUCAAAACAUUCCCUAUAACACAAAUUCAACAAAUAUCAACAAAUUUAAAUCAAUUAUCAAAUUUAAAACAUGAAGAAAUUAGAAAUUUAGUUGGAUCAAAAUAUAGAGAUUUAUUAAUAAGUGCAGAUGAAAUAACUAUAAUGGAGAAAUUAAGUCAUGAACAAGAUUCUAAAUUGUAUGAUUUAAUAUUUGGGAAAUUUAAAAUUGGUAUUGAUGAUAAAAUUUCAAAAUUUAUGAAUAAUAAAAAUGAUGAUUUUGAAAUUGAUCAACAAAAUAUUAAUCAAAUUAAAUCAAUUCAAUCCAAGACAGACUUUACUAUUAAAUUGAGUAAAUUUUUGAAAAUCAAUUCAGAUGAUGAAAUUGAAGAAAUUUUCAUGAAAAUUAAUGAAAUUGGUAAUGAAUGGGGUGAUAAAUCAAAUUUAGUAUUGGAAAAAUUUAAAGAAAUUGAAAUUAUUUUCGAAACCAAAAUUAAUGAAAUAAAUGAUAUUAAUGAGCUAUUGAAACUAGAGCUAUUUUGGAAUAAAAGAAAUGAAUUUAAUAUUUCAAGUUUAGAACAAUUAUUAUAUAAUCAUUUAAAAUCAAAUUUAAUAAAAUUUGAUAAUUUAAAAGAAAUAUUAGAAAAAUUCCCCAAGUUUAUUGAUAAUUUAAAUAAUGAUUAUCAAAGAAAAUUACAAAUUUUGAUCAAAAAUGUUCAAAAUUUAAUUAAUGAAUUGAAACCAAAUCCUAAAAAUGAAUUAAAAUUAUAUGAUUUAAAAUUUGAUGAUGAUGAUUAUUUAUUAAAGAUUGAAUUCCUAAGUAAAGGAUUAAUUUUUAAAGAAUAUCAAGAUAUAAAUAAUGGAUUACAGAGUAUAAAAGACUUAUUAAAUUUCAUAAAAAUCAUAAAUAAUGAUUCAUUUUUGAAAAUUUCAAAUGAUUAUAAUGAUUUAUUAAAAUCAUUUCAAAAACAUGCUCAGGAAACAAAUAAUUCAUUACUACUAAAACAUUUAAAAUAA